GUUUCAAGCUGGUGAAUUUCCGUUUUUAGAACCAAAGCACACCCUUAGAGACUGAGCUUGAAAUGGCAAGGAAUAAAAAUUACAAAGAAGAGGACUUCACGGUUCGGCGCAUGUCUGUAUUAUUUAUUCGCCUGUGCACUCUUUUUGGCACAGGACCACUUUUUCAUUGUUUAUGAACCAAUCGUAAGCAAGUUACCUAAUUUUGCAUGCAAAUAGCCGUAAAAUCAUCAACCAUAAAAUAAGUCAACUAGAAAGUCUACUGAAAUCUUCCGAGAAUUUUGGUCACACAUCAUUCUGCCACGACUAGCUAUAGCAGGUGAUUACUGAACAACAUCUGAGUGGGGAUUUUAAAGCGAUAACAUUGAUAAGAAGCGAAGAAAAAGUAUUUUGAUGUAGAGACAUGCGCCGAACCGUGAAAUCCUCGCUUUAAGCGAUAAGAAGGAGGGUAAUUAUGGCCUAGAAGCAAUGAUGUCGUCUUUCGGUUUUAUGUCACAUGCCUUCUGAAAACAACAUAUAAAAAACCGCACUGCGGAUAACUAUGAACAAGUUUUAAAUGAACUUUAAAGGGACUUUCAUCUCUUCGAAACUGGAAAUCUCGCUGUAUGGGUAUGGGUAGCCGAAUUCAUCGAUUUUGAAUUAAUGACAUUCACGUCUACAGGAAUUGUUUUGGGUCCGUGCCCGUUUUGGCGUUGCAAAACUUUUGUGUUUUUCAAAUUCUCGGGAUAAACAACAACUCGAUAGUUUUGACUGAAAAAGGCUUAUCUAUCAUUCACCUAGUUAUUUUCAUUAAUCUUAUAGUUCAUGCAGUUAACUAAAGCUUGAUAUCUUCGAACUUCCCGUUAGGAACCGCUCGUUUUUGUUUCGUAAAUUAAACAAGAAUUUAACAAAAGAGUGACGUGUUAUAGUGAACCAACGCCAGUAUAAUAUUUACGGCGUUGACUGCACUCUGCACAAAAUUCUUAACACUGACCAUACUCCAGGACUUAUAUACGAUUUAUUUCCGUAUCUUUUUUUGUUAUUUUGAAAGAGUCAUCCCUUAACUUGCACGCUUUCGUGAUUUGUUUUGAUUAGAAAAUAUAUGGAGCGACCGAAACUCGAUUAACCAAACGUUACACAAGCUUUCACGAGGACAGAGCAUUAUUUAGUUUUUGAAUUAUUCUCGCCUUUUCCUCUAAGAUUUUACUUCUCUUUUGGCGUCGAACGAAAAUCCAUUAAAAUCCUUGCAGGACCCACUAUCUUGGCCACCCAUGUGCUUCAUACAUAACCCCGUCGAUACACCUGAAAAAGAGUUUAAUUUCGGCCAGUUUAAAUCGUACUCAAAGAUGUCAGUAAGGAGCACAAUCUUCAAUUCAACCGUAGCUAUUCCUAAAAUCAGUUUUACCGCCAUAUCAACAGCUGUCACUUAAUAGGCCUCGAAAGACCUCAAAUGAAUACCGUCCGAGAUUUCUUUCCGCAUCAGAAGCGACCAUAAUAUUCUCAUCUCAUUACGUCGCACAGAGAUGUUUGCUGUUCGGCGAUCAGAUGAAAAUGAACUCGAGCGAUACUUUCUCCCGGCAUUCUUUGCGAGUCGUGUGCCUGCUCUCACACGUUUUCCCGCGCUUGCUGUCGGCUACGAGUACUUGUUUUGUGGUUGCCAUAUACUUUGGUUCUGGUUUUCUGAUACUCACUUGGAAACCGAAAUUGUUCAGUCGGUCGAACACUGAGGGCUUACAUUUCCUAUUGAAUAAUCACAAGGACCAGUUGACAAGCAUAGAGCUGCAAAGAGAAACCAUGCAUCUGACCAUUUUCCUUAUCACUUUGGGUGUUGCCGUUGUAACCCAUGCCUACCAGAAUCUGGCCACGGCUAAAGGUCUCAGAUUUCUAGGUGUUGGCUAUAACAUCCUGAAAGGCAAUCCUGAAGGUGGCAAAUUGUCACACGGUGGUGUCGACCCAGGACUACUCUCGACAAGAAAGAUACUCAAACUGACAUGGGAUACAAAGAAGACUUCCGUGGAUGGGAAGUUCCGCGUGCCAGACGAGGUUCUCUUUGUUCAUCGCUCAUCGUGCGUCGAAUUUACCACAAACGAAGUAUUUUCCGGGGCCAAGUCUUAUCAAGAUAAACUCAAGAUAGAUGUGAAAGCCAGUGCUGAUUAUGACGCAGGGUUAUGGAAUGUCGCCUUCAGUCUCAGUUCAAAUUAUGGGAGUAUAAAACAUGAGACAACAAGAGAGCACAAAGUCUUUUUUGAAAAGAAAAAAGUUUGCAAUGAAGGCACAGCUCGAUAUCUUCUGGAGUUAGCUCAAGUUGACAAGUAUUCUGUAACAGAAGCCUUCGCGGCUGCUGUGUGCCGCUUACCCAAAGUUUACGACCAGCGAGCUUACCGCAUAUUUAUCGACAGCUGGGGAACGGACAUUGUGGUCAAGGUGACAUUGGGAACGAAGAAGAUAGAACGUCACGAAAGUUCGUACACUAAAAUUGUCAAGUUUGCCAUGGAAAACAAAGAAUCAUCGCUGUCAGCGUCCGGUAGUCUCUUGGGAUUCAGUAGCUCCUUGUCAGUUGACAUAAAAAAGUUUAGCGAAUCCAAUACAGAUACAGCUAGUUUUACUGAGAACAGGAUGGUAUUCUCCUCUGGAGGACACAACUUGCCUGAACCCAUUGGAUUGCAGCUGAUGCCUAUUGACAACGCUGUUGAAGAUAGUUUUUUCAGAGUUCUUGACCAGCGAUACCGAUGUCGAGGUUUGGCACAGCGAAGAAGUAACGUGAAAAGGAUCUUACGGGAAUACCCUAGGAUAAAAGGGGCUUCUAAACCUCAAGAUCCUGAUGUGCGCAUUCCUCUUACUUGGCCAGUCGGUACCUAUGGUCUCCCCAUGACAAAGUCAGGAUGUCCGAAAGGAACGUUUUGGCACAAAGGGACCCGUUACCAUGACACCGAGGAUAAUGCCUCAAACAACUAUUGGUCAAAUCCCUAUGAUUUAGCAGGACACGUUAGUAAAAGUAACAUGGAACAAAAGUUCUGCAUGAAGACCAGAGCUGAAACCUCAAAAUACAACCUCCCCUGGCCCAAAGGACAAUACUGCAUCUACAAGAAAGGAAAUUGCCCUCAAGGCUUCAGGGAUGGAUACAUUUAUUGGGAUGACGAAGAUGACAACAACAAUAACUGGCGCAGCGGUCAGCUACCAGACGGCAGUUAUGACAGAAACACAAACAUCUAUUACUGCUGCCGGGAUGAUGGAUAUGCUACUAAGGCCAUUUAUCUCCCAAUUGACACUCCCUUCGUUUUGCUCAAGUCUGGUAACCGUCAUUGUCAGAAUGUCCAUGGUGUCAACACGCGAGAAGAAUUCUUUCGUUGGGACAGUGAAGACGAUUCACCGCAUGCCAUGGCAAAAGGGAAACACCCCUUUCUGGAAUACCUGGGCAACAAAAAUCUGAAAGUCCACUACUGUUAUUAUUAUUAACAGGGAUAAAAAUGGGGAUAGGACGUACGCAUCGUCACAUGAAAUGCAUGCAAAGUAGUUGACUGGAAGUUUUUCAUACAUUAAAACUACGCGCUGAAAAGGAAUAAUGAAAAUAAAAGUGCAAGGCACAGUUCUUUCUGCU